AUGGCAAGAGAUCGAAGUACUGAACGUCGAAGAUCACGAUCUCGCGAACGUCGUGAUCGAGAUCGAAACGAUGAUCGCGAUGCUCAUAGGGACAGGGUAAAACGUCGUGAGCGAUCAAGAAGUCCUCGAAAAGAACGUGAAAGAUCUCGUAGUCCAAGUAGGAAAGAAAGAGAACGUUCUCGUAGUCCUAGAAAAGAACAAGAUCGUCCUAAAAGCCCACAAAGAAAGGAGCGUGGCCGGUCCAGAAGCCCGAAAAAACGAGAUGGAAAAGAACGCCGUAGUGACGAUAAGGAUAAAUUGAAAUAUAAAAAAGAUGAUGACUCUAAACAUGAAGAUGAAGAAACAAAAAUGGAGGACGAUCAAGCGAAGCCAACUAAACGAGAACCUUUAUCAUUGGAAGAGUUAUUGGCAAAAAAAAAAGCAGAAGAAGAGGCGCGAAGUAAACCAGUUUUCUUAACAAAAGAACAAAGAGCAGCUCUAGCUUUGGAAAAACGUCGUGAACAGGUUGAAGCUAUGCGAGCUAAUAUUGAAAGACCUGCUGUUACAACUAUUGAUUUAACAGGAACUUCUAAAAAAGAUGAUGAUAAAAAAUAUAGGGAGGAAAGAGAGAGAGAACGAGAGAAGGAAAGAGAACGCAAAUACGAAGAAAGAAAAUCUGGAAAUGAGCGUAAUAGAGAAGAUAAAAAAGAAAAAAAUGAAGAAUACAAUAAAAAUAAAGACAAAGAGCGAGAAGAAGAAGCUAUUAAAGCACGCUAUUUGGGUAUAGUGAAGAAAAAACGGAGAGUGAGAAGGCUUAAUGAUAGAAAAUUUGUUUUUGACUGGGAUGCUUCUGAGGAUACUUCAAAUGAUUACAAUGCUUUAUACAAAGACAGGCAUCAAGUCCAGUUCUUUGGUAGAGGACAUAUUGCUGGUAUUGAUAUUAAAUCCCAAAAGAAGGAUUACAGCAAGUUUUAUGGAAAUCUAUUAGAGAAGAGAAGAACAGAGUUAGAAAAGGAACAAGAAAAAUUAAGACUCAAAAAAGUAAAAAAGAAGGAAGACAAGCAAAAAUGGGAUGAUAGACAUUGGUCGGAGAAAGAUCAUGAUGAAAUGACAGAAAGAGAUUGGAGAAUCUUCAGGGAAGAUUAUAACAUAACAAUAAAAGGUGGAAAAAUACCAAAUCCAAUUCGUUCAUGGAAAGAAGCUGGCUUCCAUCAGGAUAUAAUGGAAAUAAUUAAUAAAGUGGGUUAUAAAAGCCCAACACCGAUUCAAAGGCAGGCUAUUCCUAUUGGAUUACAAAAUCGAGAUAUCAUUGGUGUCGCUGAAACUGGAUCUGGUAAGACCUUGGCCUUCCUUAUUCCUUUACUUACAUGGAUCCAAUCAUUACCUAAAAGUGAGCGUAUGGAAGAUGCUGAUCAGGGACCCUAUGCAAUUAUUUUAGCCCCUACCCGUGAAUUGGCUCAGCAGAUUGAAGAAGAGACUAACAAAUUUGGCAUACCUUUAGGUAUUACUUCUGUAGUAGUUGUGGGAGGUCUGUCAAGAGAAGAACAAGGUUUUAAACUCCGACUAGGUUGUGAAAUUGUAAUUGCAACACCUGGUCGUCUUAUUGAUGUACUAGAAAAUAGAUAUUUAGUUCUUAAUCGUUGCACAUAUGUCGUUCUUGAUGAGGCCGAUCGUAUGAUAGACAUGGGUUUCGAGCCUGAUGUACAAAAAAUUCUGGAAUAUAUGCCUGUGUCUAACAUUAAACCAGACUCAGAUGCGGCAGAGGAUGCUUCGGUUUUGCUUGCAAAUUAUAACACAAAGAAGAAGUACAGGCAAACUGUGAUGUUUACAGCUACUAUGCCCCCGGCUGUUGAAAGGCUAGCUAGAAGUUACUUACGUCGACCGGCAAUUGUCUAUAUCGGAUCAGUUGGCAAACCAGUCGACAGGACUGAACAAAUUGUAUUCAUGAUUGGUGAGAACGAGAAACGUAGAAAGCUUACCGAAAUCUUACAACGUGGCGUUGAACCACCUAUCAUUAUAUUUGUUAACCAAAAGAAAGGGGCUGACGUUCUUGCAAAAGGUUUGGAAAAACUCAGCUUCAAUGCAUGUACUUUGCAUGGUGGAAAGGGACAGGAACAGCGUGAUUUUGCUCUGGCUUCACUGAAGAAUGGCUCUAAGGAUAUAUUGGUGGCAACUGAUGUAGCCGGUCGUGGUAUUGAUAUUAAAGAUGUCAGUAUAGUUAUUAAUUACGAUAUGGCAAAGACAAUAGAGGACUACACUCACAGGAUCGGUCGUACUGGUCGUGCUGGCAAAACUGGUAAAGCAAUAUCAUUUGUGACCAAAGAAGACUCGGCUAUUUACUAUGACCUAAAGCAAGUGUUACUUGCUAGUUCAGCAUCUACAUGUCCACCCGAACUAAUGAAUCACCCUGAGGCUCAACACAAACCUGGUACAGUUGUUACCAAGAAGAGAAGAGAGGAAAUGAUUUUUGCA